UGUUUUUCACUAAGUUUCCCGAGAACCAAACAACCCCCUUCUCCCUUGCUUUUCCAUUUCUUCUUCCCCACCUUCACUCUCUCUUUUCCUUUGUUUCACGCCAACAAACAAACAAACAAAAAAAAAAAAAAAAAUGAUUCUCUCUCUCUUCCUUUACAGAUACUCAUCAAACUAGGUUAAUUCCUCCUUCUCCACCUCUACCUCCACAAACCCAUCUAUGGAUUUCAUCGAAUUAGAGGCCAUCGAAGGCCUCCGCUGGUCAUGGAACUCAUGGCCAGCAUCGAAAUCGGAAGCCACAGCUCUCCUAGUCCCUCUAAGCGUGAUGUGCACGCCAUUGAUGCAAUCCACAGAGCUCCCAAUCCUCUCUUACGACCCUCUCCUCUGCUCUCAAUGCGGCGCCGUGUUGAACCCAUACGCUCGCCUCGACUACACCUCUCGCAUUUGGUUCUGCCCCUUCUGCUACAAGAAAAACACGUUUCCGCGCUCUUACUCCGGCAUCGGAGAAACCAAUCUCCCCGCCGAGCUUUUCCCGACCUACAGUACCGUCGAGUACUCCUUCUUCAAUCCCAAGCUGAACGGCAUGUCGUCUCCGUCUUCGUCCAUGUCGCUGACGUCCAUGUCCAUGGCGUCGUCGUUUUCGUCCAUUUCGUCGCUGUCGGGUUUGGAUUCUUUGAGGAAAGUAGUGGGGCCGGCGUUUGUGUUCGUGGUGGACACGUGUACGGCGGAGGAGGAGCUCGGGGCGCUUAAGAAUGAGCUGUUGCUUGUUGUGGAGCAGUUGCCGGAGAACGCGCUUGUGGGGCUGGUUACUUUUGAUUCCAUGGUUCGUGUCCAUGAUCUUGGGUUUUCGGAGUGUUCGAGGGUUGUCUUGUUUCAUGGAGAGCGCGAGGUUUCUUCGGAGCAGACCCAACGGUUUCUGGGUCUUACUCGCACAAAGCAACAGUAUCUUGGAAAGACGCCAGUUAUCCAAAAGCAGGGGUUUUUGCUACCAGUAUCUGAAUGUGAGUUCAAUAUUACCACUGCAAUAGAAGAGAUCCAUUCUUCACCACAGGUCAUGCCAGGACAUCGCCCUUUAAGGUCCACAGGAACAGCAAUUUUAGCUGCACUUGGACUUUUAGAAGGAUGCUUAGUGAAUACAGGCUCUCGGAUCAUGGUCUUCACAUCUGGACCAGCAACUUUAGGCCCAGGAAUUGUCGUGGACUCAGACUUUAGGAGCACCAUCAGAACUCACCGAGAUCUUAUUAAUGGUCAUGCACCUUACUAUAGUAAAUCUAGCAGCUUCUACAAGCAAGUAUCACCGAGAUUAUGUGAUGCAUCUAUUAUUCUUGAUUUGUUUGCUUGUUCUCUUGAUCAAGUUGGAGCUGCAGAGCUAAAAGACCCUGUUGAGAGAUCAGGUGGAUUCAUGAUGCUAGUGGAGUCAUUCGAGUCAAGUCAAUUUAGAAAAUGCUUGAGGCAUAUUUUUAGUCGUGAUGAAGAGGGAAACUUGAAGAUGUACUUUGAUGCAACUAUUGAGAUAGUGACCACAAAAGAUUUAAAAAUAUGUGGAGCCCUUGGACCUUGUGUUUCCCUUCAUAAAAAGAACAAUUUAGUGAGUAACAAUGAGAUUGGGGAGGGUGGUACCUAUAUGUGGAAGUUGGGUACACUCACUAGCAAAACAUGCUUUUCUUUUUUCUUCCAAGUGAAUGAAGAGCAUAAGGUCCAGCCUGGAUCUGCAUUCUCCAUACAGUUCAUUACACGAUAUCGACAUGGGAACAUGGGAAUCCGAAAAAGAGUGACAACUGUUGCUAGAAGAUGGGUUGCAAACAACUCACCAGAAAUCGCUGCAGGGUUCGAUCAAGAAGCAGCAGCUUCAGUGAUGGCAAGACUUGCUAUUCAGCGAGCAGAGGAUUGUCAAGCUCGGGAUGUUAUCAGAUGGCUGGAUGACACGCUGAUCCGAUUUGCUUCUAAGUUUGGAGACUAUGUCCAAGAAGAUCCUUCUUCCUUCCGCCUUUCAUCCAACUUCUCACUUUAUCCACAGUUCAUGUACUACUUAAGGAGGUCACAGUUUAUCGAUGUAUUCAACAGUUCUCCUGAUGAAACUUCCUUCUUCCGGCUGAUGCUGAACCGUGAGGGGGUGGUGGGUUCACUUAUCAUGAUCCAACCUACACUUCUCCAAUAUUCCUUUGAUGGGCCCCCAAUUCCAGUUCUCCUAGAUGUCCGCUCCAUUUCUCCGGAUGUUAUUUUGCUGUUUGAUUCUUAUUUCCAUGUGGUUAUUCAUUGUGGGUCCAAAAUUGCUCAGUGGAGGAAACUUGGUUAUGACAAGGACCCAAACCAUGAGAAUCUAAGAAAGCUAUUAGAAGCUCCUGAGGUUGAUGCAGAGCAGCUCAUAGUUGAUCGAGUUCCGGUGCCCAAGAUUAUAAAAUGUGAUCAGCAUAGUAGUCAGGCAAGGUUUCUUCUUGCAAAGUUGAAUCCAUCUGUUACUCAGAAUUCAACAUACACAGAUGGAUCGGAUAUUAUUUUCACAGACGAUUUGAGCUUGCAAGUUUUUAUAGAUCACUUGCAAGCCCUAGCAGUGCAGGGCUGAUAAUAAGGAGCACUGUAUAGAGUUUUUGUCAAUCUAUAGUCACACGAAAGAAUUUACUGUAUAUAGCUUAAAGAGAAACAUUUUCUAGUUGUUUUUUUGUUUUUGUUUUUGUUUUUCUCCAAUCAUUUUGUAAUUAGAAUAGUUAUUUUGUUUCAAUAUUCUUUUAUAUUGAAUGAGUUCCUGUAGUUCUUAUAGGUGUUAAAAUUAAUGAAAUUGACUGCUUUUACAUGUUA